CUUGAACCUUUUGAUGAUUCUUUCGACAACUUUUAUCGUCUCCCAAACGCCUCCAGAUCUUGUGCACCCGGAAUCCAACCUGUUCCCGAUAGGGAAGCGAUCGCAUCACAUUCUCGAAGACAAUGCGCUGGUCAUUCUGCUAGGACGAAGUCAGCGCAGAGUUCAAGACAGUAUUCUAUCGGCAGGGACAUCGCACAAUUUGGCCGCUCGCGUCAUGAAACUGGGCAGAUUCGAGUCUCCAUCUUCCCUUUGACACAAGCUCUGCAUCACGAUUUCUAUGACAAUACGCGCAUCAUGACCGUCGUGCAGGAAUACCAGGACCCGUCGUCCUCAUACCCAACCCCCACCCUCACACUCUCCGCCAAAAUUCAACGCGAGAUAGAAGCCAACGGCAUCACCCGCCCAAAAGGUUACGAUGUCUCAUGGCACUACAAUCCAGCCGUGGAGAACCAUCACUUUGGUCAAACCCAUCCCAUGAAGCCCUGGCGCCUGACCUUGACAAAGUCCCUCGUCCUGUCUUACGGCAUGCACACGGCGAUGGACUGUUAUACAUCUCGUCCAGCCACCCGCGAAGAAAUCGCCGCAUUCCAUAAAGAUGCGUACGUCGACUUUCUCAUGGAGGCCACUCCUCAGAAUAUCUAUCAAAUGUACCCUGAACUCGAAAAGGGUUCGGGCUACUCUUCCGCCAUUUUCGGCGUUGGAGAUGAUUGUCCGAUUUUCGAUGGUCUCUACGCAUUCUGCUCGACUUACGCUGGAGCGUCCAUCGACGCAGCCCGCAAACUUUGCAAUAAACAAUCCGAUAUCGCCAUCAACUGGUCUGGUGGCCUGCAUCACGCUAAAAAGGCAGAAGCCAGCGGGUUCUGCUAUGUCAAUGACAUCGUCCUCGCCGUUCUUCAACUGCUCCGAUACCAUCCGCGCGUCCUGUACAUCGACAUUGACGUACACCAUGGGGAUGGUGUAGAGCAAGCAUUCUGGUCAACUGACCGUGUUAUGUGUGUCUCCUUCCACAAAUACGACAAGGAAGUCUUUUUCCCCGGGACCGGUCCACUGGAGUCUACCGGACCCAUCCACCCCGAUAAUCCAGGGAAGAAUUACACCAUCAACGUCCCCCUCAACGACGGCAUUGACGACGAAACAUACGACUACCUCUUCCGCAGCGUCGUGGAACCCACCAUCAAGACUUACCGCCCCUCGGCGAUUGUGCUGCAGUGUGGCGCGGAUUCUCUCGGUCAUGAUCGUCUGGGGUGUUUCAACCUGGGAAUUCGCGGCCACGGCAACUGCGUUUCGUUCGUCAAAUCUUUUCAGAUCCCUUUGCUCGUCGUGGGCGGUGGUGGCUAUACACCACGUAAUGUCGCGCGGGCGUGGACGAAUGAGACAUCAAUCUGCAUCGGCGCAGACAGCAUGCUCAACCCGCAAUUGCCGGAAUUCAUGCCGCACCGUGAAGCGUUUCGGAAAGAAGGCUUCACUUUGUUCCCCAAUCUCGGCGGCUGGAGAAACGCAAACCUCAACUCAAAGCAGGAUAUCGAAAAGAUCAUACGACACGUGAGGGAACAGCUGGUACAAAUCCGCGGUGCCCCGAGCGUACAGAUGAAACAUAUUCCCGAGGAUAUCCAGGGUUGGAGGGACGAAGUCGAGGAGGACUUGAAGGCAAAACGAUUAGAGAGGGAGGAGAAGGCGGAAGAGAGGGACGGAGCGGGAGGUCUGUUGGCCAAGGCAAGCCGGAGGAGGGAGCUGGAGAGAGCCGGUGGCAGCUCGGCCCUGGCCAGCGGUGCCGCAAGCGUGAGACUCGGUGAAGGCCCCAGCUGAGGAGAAAGAGAUAUACCAUCAAAGGCGAUGGACACGAUGAGUUUGACAGGAUCAUCACAGUCGCCCCUGAUUGUCCGUAUGUCGACAAAGACGCCGAGCCGGACUCAUCCAGCGGGGAGCCUUUUCGCAUACCCUCUCCAAUACCUUGUUCCGUCUACUGUACCAAAAGAGAACCCGCUAUCUACCUCCCCAAUAUUCCCAUCAUAUCCAUGCGUCAUUGCCACUGGGGUUUCUGGAACUUUUCGGGGUCUGUGGAGGGCUGCAAGUACCGGGUCGGUACUGCUGUCAGAGUGUAAACGGGAUACUUUUAGUCUGCGGGUAGCUGGGGUAGCAUAACAAGACUGAGUGCUGCGUCUGCAGUAUUUUCAACCUAUCGGCACGGAGCCCUGCAGUCAUGAGAUAGCUUCGUAUUCAGUUUAUUAUUAGGAAACGCUCUCUUG